AUGAGUAGCACCGAUGAUAUUAGAAAAAGCGGUAAAAAAUCAAAAGCCCCGACGGAAGGGCUAAAUUACACCUCGGACUCGGAUCGUACGGAAACAACAGACUCAGCCGGUCGCUGUAUUCAUCAAUCAGGCACACACGAGCAAGCAGAGCGUUACCUCACCGAUCACAAGAUAUACGAACUCUUCAAUUUCUUAAUAGGCCAUUUGCUGGUAGACGAGCCAGAUGAUCCAAUCGAGUACCUGGACACUCUCCUCAACAAGUGCAUGCUCUUCAAAUCAGACAUGGAUGAGCCACCGUUGCUCUUCACCAGCCGACACAUCGGCAGCUUAUUUCAAAGUAUGAAUCCAUCUGGCAGUGGUACAAUUACCCUCGAGCAAUAUAGAAGUGGCAUGAAGUCCCUCGGAAUCACCAACUACAAUCAGCGUCCAGUCGAGUGCACACCAGGUCACGUUGACCAGCAAACCUUCCAGGACGAAGCGAAAAAAUGUCUCAUACAGUCACUCGCUGAAAUGGUCGGCAAAUGUGACUGA